AUGGAGGACCACCCCGCAGAGGUGUUUUCGCGUUUGCUCGUUGUUGUUCCUCGCUUAUCCGAGGGUUUGAUCGAUGUAGGUGAACGACACUUGAUUCUGACGCAUCCAAGCUGACAGCUACCAGCCUAGUCUUUGCAGUACCGAUGUCAGCGAGGCAGAAGCUAGGCUCUCGGUUGAUGGCAAGAAGGUAAGCUUAUUAUUCUCGAUGGAUAUCGGAUGCGAUGAUAACAGACUGUCAGGUUUGGUUGUUGGCCGGUGGAGCCACAACCACCACAGGAAACACCGACUCUGAUGUAGUUCCUGUUCGUAUCGACGGUGUAAGUACCUCCUCAACUGACCACAACUCAUACCACGUUCCAGUUCAAGUCAGCUAACUUGGUACAGGCUCAUGAAGCAACACUUGUCUCCAAUGGAGGCUUGUCUGGUGGUUUCACCCACCACCACAACGAUGAGAACGAUUGCUUCGGUCCGGACCUCGAUCUCUUCCCCAUCGCACUGGACCCUAUCACUGGUUUGCCAACAAGCCAGUUUGUUGAAGUCCAAGUGCAAGUCACGUACGAGGAGAGAGAGGAGUCCGUCGACGUCCAGUACAAUCUCGCCUACGCUCGCCGCCACUGGGGCUUCUACGAGGUAAUGGUGUCCCGCGAAGAGCUGAUGUGUGUCCGUCCCGGGUACGGUCUCCCUGAUCUGUGGGACACGAGACUCGAGCAGGUUCCAGAUGGAGCCAAAUCUCCAAUCCAGCUCACACUUGCUGAGCGUGAGGUUUUGAACCGCCUGCGAGGUCUUACUGGUGGCCCGAUCCUCAAGGCUAAUUUCAAUGACCCACCGUGGGAUGAGCAAGAAGCGGUCUCUCGUCACUUGGAAGCGGGGAUCAAGGCAAAGCUGCAUCUUGCGGCUACCAAGAUGGGUGUGGUGGACCUUGGCCUGGACCCAAGAACCCUCCUUGGAUUGCAUCUACGAAGACUUGCAGAUGGAAUCAAGAAGCUCAAGAGUUUGGUAAGCAAGAAUCAUCUUUCCCUCUGCCUGACCUUUGACGUCAAUUGACGCCAGUGUCACUGAACCGACCUCUCCCAAACACCCUUCCCUCCCAGAUAAGUCAUCAGCUAACAACGUACCAUAGCACGGCGAAAACAUAUCAAAGCCAGAAGACGGUCUCCCUUCCCGCCCCGAACUCCCAUUCUUCCCACGAUGGACAGCGCGGUACUACCUGAAGUACCAAGCUGGUUACCUCUCACCGAGCGCAAUCCAAGCUCGCAAUUCCGGAUACCAGACCGACAACCUGCCAAAAUAUAUUGAGGAUGAACUUGAAAAGCUCACGAGAUGGCCUACCCCAGAGGAACUCACGGUCCGAAAUUCUGUUUAG